AUGCAGAAUGCUGGAACCUCAAUGAUGGACUUGCAUAAUCAGGAAACUUCAGGAUCAGACUUGCAAUUAUCAGAAAAUGUAGGACAGACGUGCAUAUUGCUGAAAGUUCAUGGAUGGUUCCCCAAUUUUGCGAUCGAGAGAGCUAUUUGUGUUUCGUCAACCAAGAAACUUCUAUUGCAAGAAGUUCAAGCAUCGAGGAAAUUUCUGAAUGAAUCACUAAAUGAUCCUAGUAUAGAGCGAAUAUGCACACCAUAUUGUGAUGGAACAAAAAAUCAGGAUGGUGCUUGUCCAAUUUCAUGUGUUGGUCUCUGUUUUCCGGUUUGUAACCGCCCACUAUUGCUUUCAAUCCCGCCGUUGCCGCCUGAACCACCCAAAGACUUCAUCGAGCCACCUCCGGAUAAACCUAACAAACUCUCUCUUUUGCUCACCAUCUCUCUUGCUGUAUUAGCCACAGUCUUCUUUUUAUUUGCUUGUUACACCAUCUACAAGUUGUAUUCUAAUUGGCGGAAUUCGAGGGCGGCGCGGCAGCAGCCACCGGAAGAGGAGGAGGAGGGGGGUCAAGAUCAUUAUUUUGAUGAAGAUCACUUGGCGGUUAUCAAUCCAAUAUGGUACAUCAGAACAGUUGGACUUCAACCAUCGGUUAUAAGUGCAAUUUCAAUAGUCAAGUAUAAAAGAGGCGAUGGACUUAUUGAAGGAACAGAUUGUUCUGUUUGUUUGAAUGAGUUUGAAGAAGAUGAAACUCUUAGAUUGUUGCCUAAAUGCAACCAUGCUUUUCAUAUACCUUGUAUUGAUACUUGGCUUAGAUCACACACCAAUUGCCCCAUGUGUAGGGCUGGUAUCGUGAUCAACACAUCAAGCUUGCCAUCACAGGAGCAAAUUGUGCAUAAUUCAGGCUCCGUGGAGGAAACCCGAGUUGAUAUUUCAGAGAACGAAGGAGAACUUGGACGAGAAAGAGGAGAAGAUCUCGAGUUGACAGUCGAGAUUGAGGAUGAAGACGAAUCAAAGAGACGUGAAAAUAGUCAAGAUUUGGAUUUUGAGAUUCAACCUAGGAGAAGAUCAGUUUCAGUGGAUAAUUUGUCAGCUUCAAUGAUCAGUGCUGCUAUAGCAGAUGCUUUCUCAUCACAGCCUAAUCGAAAGUCAGAAAAUCAAUCAAAUACGAGUAUUGUUCAAAAGAGAUCUGGCGAUAUUCAGAGCCUAUCAAGAUUAGAAGCAAGUUCUUCAGUUCAAAGGGCUAUACAAACAGAGCCUUCUUCUAUGAUAGAGAGAUCACUUUCUUGCAGUGCAAAGGUACUGCUAUCAAGGUACAACAACAUGAGCCGGAACUCGAACUCGAAUAUUUCUAGGUAA